AUGGCGAUUGUUGGCAGAAGUGGCUCUGAUGCACAGGGCCAUGCAGAGACGUCCAAAGGGGCAGGGGCUGAAUUUGUAAAGAAGAGUUCCUGCAGAGCAGCUGUGAUUCUUCUGGGUCUGCUGUGUCUUUUCCUCUUGACUGGACUCAUAGCUGUGGUUUUUCUUUGUGAGUACAAAGAAAAACCACAAUUACAGGCCAGUUACAACAAUCUGGUUAAAGAGCGAGAGCAGCUCCAGAAAAGAUUGGAAGACAUGACCACAAACAGAGACAAUCUUCAGAGAAAACUUCAAGACUCUCAACAUAACUGGGUGAUCUUCAAUGGGAAUUUGUUUCAAGUUUCUUCAGAGCAGAAAUCCUGGCAACAAAGCAGACAAGACUGUCUUCAAAAAGGUGCAGACCUGAUGAUUAUUAACAGCCGAGAGGAACAGAACUUUGUGAACCAGUUCAAGAAGCGUUUGUGGAUUGGACUGACUGACUCAGAGAUAGAGGGGACAUGGAAAUGGGUGGAUGGGAAUCGAACAAGCACAAGCUACUGGAAUAGUGGUGAACCAAAUGGUGGCACAAAUGAAAACUGUGGAGAGAUAAAAAUUUACAACUCAGAAAACAGCUGGAAUGAUGCAACAUGUUCCGAUCGACAAUUCUGGAUAUGUGAGAAGAGAUGUUCUCCAUAA